CUAAUAAAUAAAUGUUGGUGUUUGCAAAUAUUUAACCUAUGGUAGCUGCCAUAUCCAUUUUCACUUGAUUCCAUCAUAGAGCUCCAAAAAAACUCUAGGCUUCAGCAUGGAUGCUGUUAACAGGUACAUUACAAUCAACAACCACGUCAAUGGUGCGCCACAAGAUUCUGAUUUCGAGCUCAAGGCUUCUCCUCUUGCUCUGUCACUAGACCCUGCCUCCAAUGUAGUCAUUGUUAAAAAUCUCUACGUUUCAAUCGACCCUUACCAGUUAAACCGCAUGAAAAGCUUUAGCGCUUCCCAAAAGACUUCAGAUUUCGCAGUUGCCAUCGUUCCCGGUGAGGCUAUUGAUACUUAUGGUGUGGGCAAGGUUGUGGCUUCUACGAACCCUGAAUUUGAUAAGGGUGACAUUGUUGUUGGCCUCCUUAACUGGGGAGAGUUCACCGUUAUCAAAGCCGGUGGCAUGUUGAACAAGCUCAACACCAUGGGCUUUCCUUUGUCUUACCAUGUUGGAAUUUUGGGAUUCAGUGGACUGACAGCUUAUGCUGGGUUGUUCGAUAUAUGUAAGCCCAAUAAAGGGGAGAAAGUGUUUGUUUCUGCUGCUUUGGGAUCAGUAGGGAACUUGGUUGGUCAAUUUGCAAAAUUGUCUGGCUGCUAUGUAGUUGGAUGUGCUGGUAGUAAAGAAAAGGUAGCGUUGCUUAAAGAAAAGCUUGGCUUUGAUGAUGCUUUCAACUACAGGGAAGAAACUGAUUUGAACUCAACUCUCAAAAGUUAUUUUCCUAAUGGGAUUGACAUAUAUUUUGACAAUGUGGGGGGAGAGAUGCAAGAAGUAGCAGUGAGUAACAUGAACAUCAAUGGUAGGAUAGCUGUUUGUGGGGUGAUUUCGGAGUAUUUGGAUUCCGAAAAACGAGCUGCACCGAGUAUGAUCGAGGUUAUAUACAAGAGAAUCAAGAUCCAGGGGUUUCUGGCUGGUGAUUACUUGAAUAUUUUUGGAGAUUUCCUUUCAACAACUUGCGAUCACCUUCGCACUGGGAAAAUUCAGCCAUUGGAAGACAUCUCGGAUGGGGUUGAAAGCAUCCCCUCUGCUUUUAUCAGUCUCUAUAGAGGCCAAAACAUUGGGAAGAAAAUUGUUAAAAUCGCAGAAGAGUGAAUGGGAGGAAGACUAGUUCUAGUUUGGCUGCUAUCUUCCUCCCUAUUACAUUUUUAGCAAA